CGCUGGAGAGUAAUUUUUAAGGACUCAAGAUGGCUGAGCUCGCGGAACGUAGAGAUAUCCCACCCUGGCUGAAAGUUCCCGAAGACCUGAAAGACCCAGAGGUGUUCCAGGUCCCGACGCGACUGCUGGAAGCCCUGUUCGGCCGGCGCGGAUGUCGGAUCCCUUACGUCGAGCAGGUGAGCAAGGCCAUGCUCGAGCUGAAGACUCUGGAAUCUUCAGAAUUCACCGAGGUCGUGGUUUAUGGCUCCUACUUGUCGAAGCUCCGGACCAGAUGGAUGCUUCAGUCCUUGGCUGAGUGGCACCGCCAGCGACAGGAGCGAGGAAUGCUCAAACUUGAGGAAGCAAUGAAUGCUCUGGAACUAAGCCCUUGGAUGAAGUGAAGCCAUUUUCCAGCCCAUGUGAUUGGGUCCAGGAUGUAGAGAUGAGGCUGUGGCCAGAGUUAGGGUGGGUCUGACUUGGUUUAAAUUCUGCCAAUCUGACUUCUAUAGCCAAAUAUUUGGGGGUAUUUGCCUUGCUCUGAGUUCUGAUGUGAAUUUCUCUUUCCAAGGUUGCUAAUGAAGAAAUAAAGUUUUUUUUAAAAGUA